CUUUUCCUCCCUUCCCCUCCCCUCCCUUCCUUUCAACCAAACAUACCCUUUGUCUCACUCCCGCAUCCUCCCGCUUCCUCACCUGCUCUGCUCACGCACACACAGUCACGCCUCCGCCUCUCCUCAGUUCUGACCUCUGAGUCCGACGCCUCGACGGCUCCAAUGCCAAAGCUCGAAAGCUGUCCGGCUGCUCCGCACCUCGCCUAGACGGCCGACGCCGCGCCCUCGCCUCACCUCCGACGCCAAAGCUCGGAAGCUCCGGCUGCUCUGCCUCCGCGCCUCGCCUCGACGGCCGACCCCCCCUUUGGGACACCAUCACACCGGCUCAGCCUAGAGACUCCCCGCGUUCGACUCCAAUUUCAGAUUCUGUCUAAUGAUAUAGGGAGGUAUUUGGCUCCCCAAAUAUAGAGACCCACGUCAAAAUAUCGUCAGUGACCAGUUUGUGGAGGAAGUAAGGAGGCUGUUUGAGCAAUUUUACUGGAUUUGUUUCCCUAAAGUUGCAAAGGAGAGUAUAAGGAGGCUCUUGGACUCUAAAACCGCCAAGCAGUUUCCGUGCUGUUUUAAUACAGUCUGGGAAGAUAUGAAGGAAAUCAUUACUAUCCAAUUGGGAAACUAUGCAAAUUUUGUGGGCUCUCACUUCUGGAACUUCCAGUGGUUACUGACUUUAGAAUCUUUUAAGUUUUCCGAUAGAGUGCUGUGUUGCAUUCUAUUUCUUAUCUCCCUCCCCCCUUUUCGCGUGUCUGCAUUUUCCUUUCUGUUAUCUUUCCAAGAUGAGCUGCUUGGAUUAGCUGACAGCCCUGACAGUGACCAGAUAUUUAGAAAUCAUGGCCUUAACAUGGACAUCCUUUAUCGCAUGGGUGAAACUCAGCAGGGUAUUUUGACGUACACCCCUCGUUUGGUGUCUGUGGAUUUUCAAGGAGAGGCGUGCUCUCAGGCGCCUUUUGCCAUGAAAAGGCGGCACGAGGCGCCCUUCUCAGGCAGCGGCAAGGUGAUUUUACAUUGCAUCUGGUGGAUAGAGAUCCUGUUCAAAUGCCUUUUGGCUAUUGGUCCUGUUACUCCUCUUCAGACAAUGUGUAGGACAGGUCCUGUAACAACUCAUAAGUCUCAACCUUCGAAAAAGAACUUAUUCUUGCAAAGCCUGUAUGAUGAGGAGGGUUCGAAGUCAGGUAGCUCCAUGAGCUGUGAGAGUAGGAACAACAAUUCUCGUACUGAAGUUCAAGAUAAAGACAUAGUUGAUUGUCUGGAAAACAGUGUCCUUUAUUGGACAGACUUUUCAAAAGUUCAUUAUCACCCUCAGAGUAUAUAUGAGUUGAGUGGAUUGUGGUCAGAUGUCCAAGAUUUUAACAAUUAUGGGAUUGGGAGAGAGGCAUUUUCUGGGGGUCUUCGAGCAGAUGAAAUCAGUGAAAGGCUGCGUUUUUUUGUUGAAGAAUGUGACCUUCCCCAGGGAUUUCAGUUUAUUGUUGACGACUCUGGAGGGUUUUCUGGUGUAGCGGCGGAGUUUUUAGAGAAUAUUUCUGAUGAGUACACGAAUAUUCCAGUUCUACUUUAUUCUGUCCGCAGUCCUGAGUUCUGCUCGGAUCCAGGAAGCCGAAAACAGACGAUAUCUCGUAAACUUCAUAAUGCCGUUUCUUUUACAAAGCUAUCUGCUUUCUGUAAAUUGAUUGCCCCUGUUGGUUUGCCAUCCCUCAAUGUUGGUAGAAUGUCCAAGUAUCUGCAUUUGGAAGAUGGAAAGCCUUAUCACACAAGUUCAGUUUAUGCAUCUGCUAUACACUCCAUCAGCCUCCCUUUCAGAAUGCAACCAAUUGGGCCCAGUGCACAAUUUAGCUGCACAUCUGGUGCAGUUGACAUAAAAGAGCUUGUACAAAUGUUAGCCAGUGGCGCCCGACAGAAUACGGUUACUUCUCUGGAAGUUUCUAUGCCGGCUCCCACUUUUUCAGGUAUGCAAUCCCAGCAAAGUUUGUUGGAGAAUUUGCAGCCACUAAAUCCAGAAAUAGCUGAUGUUGAAGACAUGCAUGCUUUGGAGGCUAUGGUUGUACAUGGAGCCUUUGCAUCUGGAUCCAAAAGGGCCUCGAUUUCAGAAGCAAAAGAUGCAGUACAGGCUGCAUACUAUGCAAGCGCGAUAGAGAAGAAGCCCAAAUUCUCUCAUUUAUCCAUAGCUCAAUGUCCUCUCCCCAUACCUUUACCUUUCCCUUCAAUAUUCAAAAAUCUCGUGGGUCAACACGGUGAGCUUUCGAACACUCCAAUUUCAGAUUGUCCAUUUACAAGAGGUUCCCUCGAGGUACAUUCUGUUCCUAUGGCAGCAAGACUUCGUUCGAGUAAUGCGAUUUUGCCCUUUUUGGAGGGUAGAUUUGAAAACCUCCGUAAGUUUGGGAUAUCUCGUGGGGCUUUAGGUGCCGAGCUGCUUAAAAGUUGGGGUUUCGAGAGAGAGGAUGUUGAGGAGAUGGGGGAGACUUUGUCUGGGAUGGUGAUGGCGUUAAGUUCCGGCUCUCAAAUGUCAUCUGAUUCUGAUUAGUACAAUGCUGUUGUGGGAAUGAAGCUUUUUGUUCCCAACAAAGUGAAAAACUAGUGAUUUUGAUUAGCAACAUCUGAUUCCUUCUACCCUUUUGUCAGAAACUGUGUCAUCAGUGUUUAAAUUUGAGAGCUUUGGUCUAUAGUGNUUUAUUUAUAGAAUGGUUGACUUUUAUGUGUGUUCUCUAUGUUUUUACAUAUUUGUUC